AUGCUCUCCCCACCCUUCUCCAUCCUGGGCUCCUUGUUUUGCCGCAUCCUGAUGCGCCCUCCACCCCGUGCCGCCGCCAUCAGCGAGGACGGCUUUGUGAGCGGAGCGCAGUCCCGAACCCAGCGGGGCCGUAUUUCAGCAUUACGCUGGGAAUGCCCAGAGGAACAGGUGAGGGUGAGGGGAAAGGAAUGUGCGGUGUAUAUAAAUAUAUAUGCGGGCAUAUGUGGGUGUCUAAUUUCCCGUUCCGGUUACCUUGAACUUGGCAAGACGUUGUACCUGUUGAAGGCACCACGGACUGCCCGCCGUCUCGAAUUGCGCAACUUACGGCGAGAAGGUUACACGGUCCAGGUGAACGUCAACGACUACCUGGACAUCUAUUGCCCCCAUUACAACACCUCGGUGCCCGAGGGGCGCAUGGAGCAGUACGUCCUCUACAUGGUAAGCCUGGAAGGCUACCAGACGUGCGAUAUCAGCCAAGGCUUCAAACGCUGGGAGUGCAACCGUCCUCACGCGCCGCACAGCCCCAUCAAGUUCUCGGAGAAAUUUCAGCGUUACAGUGCCUUCUCGCUGGGUUAUGAAUUCCACGCUGGCCACGAAUAUUACUACAUCUCCACCCCGACGCACAACCAUCGCCGGUCCUGCUUGCGCAUGAAGGUUUUCGUCUGCUGCCGUUCCCCAUCGUUUUCAGGGGACAGGGUGGCCGUUCCAACUCUCCCACACUUCACCAUCGGGCCGGAAGUGAAGAUCGAGGAUUUGGAUAAUUUUAACCCAGAGAUGCCCAAGCUGGAAAAAAGUAUAAGCGGGACCAGUCCGAAACGGGAACACUUGCCCUUGGCUGUGGCUGUGGCUUUCUUCCUUAUGAUCCUCCUGGCCUCCUAGCUGUGUGGAUUGCAGCGGGAGGGGGCCCAGCAGCAGCCCCCUCCCCACGCGGGCCCGGUCUCCUCCCCAAGGUUUCCUUGGCGUUGGUUGGCGAACCGAAAAACAAAGUAUAUUACAGUGAAGUUCCAGAGGGAGAGACUUUCAGGCACACGGUUGGGUGGGAAGGGGUGGCAGAAGGGCAGAAGAGCGAGGGGGUCCUGGGCAUAACGCUCCUCCGUCCUGCCACUCCAGCGAAGGCAAAUCCUCGCCCCUCUUCGGCGUCUUCGCUUUCCCUGCCGAGGGAGAAGCCUGCUUGAGGGGGAGGGGGUCUUACCCGGCACCACCCGCCCGGGCAGGCUGUGGAAAUCGAGUCCCCCUGGUAAAAAAGGGG